GACAGCAGACAGAACUGUAGAAGUACAGGCGAGUCCGAGCUCAGACAUCGGUGUCUGUUGUGUUUAUCACAGGAGAUAAUCCUGUGAUAAACCGUGCUCCCGCCUGUGGAGCUCAGCUGAAGCUAAGCGCUGAAAAGUGUGUCAGUGGCUGCUGAGUUUCCCCAAGAAGCCGUUCUGGCAAGCAUUUUAAAGCCGUGUUCCCGGCAGCCCCGUGCGUAACGGGGCAGGAACACAGCCGAACUGGUAGCACCCACGGUUCAGGUUGCGGAAAUGACACGGAGGUAAAGGCAUGCAGCUCCUCCCACGAACGGGGAAACACGUCCGUGUUCCGAGUUUUGUGUUGUCGAUGAGGUGUCCUGUCCAGGUGAGAUGGGGAACACAAAUAGUUUCUGGAGUGAGCGGAGGUCGUCCACGAGGUCUUCCAGGAGGUCGUCCAGGAGGUCGUCCAAGAGGGAGUCCAUGAAGUCUAACACAGAGCAGGUGGGGAACACACCCAGCAUACCAGAAAUCUCAGUAACUGAGGCGUCGCCUCUCCCUUCUCAGGGAUCUGUGUUCAUACUACCUGAGCCUGUACAGACCUGUAGAACAAGACAGGCAGAUACUGCUGUUGAUGGACUCAGCCCCACUGACAUACAAGUACAGUCUGAACCUCUUCCACUAGACCUGAAGGAAACGGAGCAGAAUCCUGAGGUGAGGCGCAGCAUGGUGCUGCGGAGGUCGCUUCACCUGUCCAACAAGAGUGACAGUGACUCCGUCUCGCUGGUGUCCUUCAACCCAGACGAGGACAGGAUGUUGGUGACUCUGGACCCACUGGAACAUGAGUGGAUGAUGUGUGCUUCAGAUGGGGAGUGGGCCAGCUUGCACCACCUCCUCACUAAAGAACCCAGCAUUGUCCUGCGGAAGGAUUUUGUCACUGGUUUCACCUGCCUGCACUGGGCUGCUAAACAUGGCAAGCCUGAGCUCAUAGCACGGAUUAUUAACUUUGCCAAGCAGCACAACAUUCCCAUCAGUGUCGAUGUUCGGUCCAACAUUGGCUAUACCCCACUGCACAUAGCUACCAUGCACAACCACAUUGAGGUGGUAAAGGUCCUUGUCGGAGCCUACAACGCUGAUGUAGAGGUCAGAGACUACAGUGGGAGGAAGGCGUGCCAGUAUCUCGCUGGCAACGCGAGUGUGGACAUCCAGGACAUCAUUGGCGCUGAUGAGCAAAUAAACUUGGAGCAUGAGGAAAACAGGGACAGUGGUUGCAGGAGGUUCUCCAAGGUUCUCCAGUUCAAUCUGAAGCCUCUCAGGCUGCUGAACCCCAGUUACUGUGACUCUGUGGACGGUGAUACCCGAACCAGGGAGAAACCCGUGAGGAGGAAGUCUACUCUGAGCAUGAUGAAACCCAAUCUGCAGAAGCUUCGAUACAGGGCUUCAGAGAUCAUCCACAGCACGACGUUCCAUGACACAGAGGAGCCGGAAGGGUCGCUGGACGGGUCCAGACUCAAAUCUCAUUUCUUGGUGUGAGACUAGCACUGACACAGGACAGGGCAUCAUUUUUGGCUGUUGUGUAAAAACUGUGUAACAAGUAGAAGGCCAGAUGAGGUCAAGUAACAUAAAAUUCAGAAAAAGCUUAUAGAUUAAAUAAAGAAACAAAUCAGACAUCAACUUUGACAUUGUGUCAUGUUUUACUUUUGUCAUACAUUAAAAAUGAAUUGAUAAUGUCCAUGGAAUAACCUCAGAAGGGCUAAAUAUCAAUGUCAAUAUAUCAAUUUUAUAUUCACGUCAUUUGGCAGUACUUGCCAAAGAACAUGAAUGUAGAAGAGUGUAAAUAUUAUGAUGAUUUAGAUUUUUCCAUUCAAAUCAGCAGUGGUGUCCUACCUGAUUUCCGCUGCUAUAUUUUAGUAGAACAGCACAUGCUGUACUCGCCGUAUAAAGCUGAAAGAGAAAUAUGUGUUUUCACAGUCCACAAUGAAUUAGUUUAUUUCUUUAAAGGGUGAAAUAACUUGAUCUAAUAAGUGUGUCAAAAGAGGAGCAGGAAAGAUGAUAACGUAAUUAAAUCACAAUUGUUUGUUUGAGUUUGACACGUGUGGUUUAUGGGGAAAUAGUGGCAGAGAAUGUAUCUAAUAAAUAUAGCAAACAAUGUUGGUAAGUCUAA